AUGGGCUGGAAGCGCCGCUGCUGCUGGGGAGGCGGAGGCGGCGGGGACCUUCUCUGCCGGCUCACCCUGCUGCUGGGGUUCCUGCUGCCCGCCUGCAGGACGCGCCUGUACACCAACCACUGGGCUGUGCGGAUAACUGGGGGGCUCCCGGAGGCCAACCGUAUAGCUAGCAAAUACGGAUACGUCAAUAUAGGACAGAUUGGAACACUGAAGGAUUACUACCACUUCUACCAUAGUAAAACAAUUAAAAGGUCAGUUCUCUCAAGUAGAGGUACCCACAGCUUCAUUUCAAUGGAACCAAAGGUGGAGUGGAUACAACAACAGGUGGUUAAAAGAAGGAUAAAGAGGGAUUAUAAACCUGGUGGUACCCAAUCCACUUAUUUCAAUGAUCCCAAGUGGCCAAGCAUGUGGUACAUGCACUGCAGUGAUAACACUCACCAUUGCCAAUCAGAUAUGAAUAUAGUAGGUGCUUGGAAGAGAGGUUACACUGGAAAGAACGUUGUGGUCACCAUCCUGGAUGACGGCAUCGAAAGAAACCAUCCAGACUUGAUGCAGAAUUACGAUUCACAAGCCAGUUUUGAUGUCAAUGGAAAUGAUUUUGACCCUAUGCCUCGAUAUGAUGCCAGCAACGAGAACAAGCAUGGAACCCGUUGUGCUGGAGAAGUGGCAGCCACGGCAAACAACUCACACUGCACAGUAGGAAUCGCCUUUAAUGCCAAGAUUGGAGGUGUACGGAUGCUGGAUGGAGACGUGACAGACAUGGUAGAAGCAAAGUCUCUAAGCCUUAAUCCCCAGCACAUCCACAUCUACAGUGCCAGCUGGGGGCCUGAUGACGACGGUAAGACUGUGGACGGACCUGCUUCUUUAGCACGUCAGGCCUUUGAGAACGGCAUCAGAAUGGGACGAAGAGGCUUAGGUUCAGUCUUUGUCUGGGCAUCUGGAAAUGGUGGAAGGAGUCGAGACCACUGCUCCUGUGAUGGGUACACCAAUAGCAUCUACACUAUCUCCAUAAGCAGCACAGCUGAAAGUGGGAAGAAGCCGUGGUAUCUGGAAGAAUGUGCAUCCACACUAGCUACAACGUACAGCAGCGGGGAAUCCUACGACAGGAAAAUUAUCACCACAGACCUGAGGCAGCGUUGCACAGACAGCCAUACUGGAACCUCAGCCUCUGCACCUAUGGCUGCAGGCAUCAUUGCACUGGCACUGGAAGCAAAUCCAUUUCUGACCUGGAGAGACAUACAGCAUAUUAUUGUCAGGACUUCACGUGCAGGACAUCUGAAUGCUAACGACUGGAAAACCAAUGCCGCUGGUUAUAAGGUGAGCCACCUCUAUGGAUUUGGACUGAUGGAUGCUGAAGCGAUGGUGAUAGAAGCAGAAAAGUGGACAACGGUCCCUCCACAGCACAUGUGUGUGGAGAACACGGAUCGGCAAAUCAAAACAAUACGACCUGACAGUGUUGUCCGUUCAAUUUACAAAGCCACUGGCUGUUCAGAUAAUCCUAACCACCAUGUGAUCUACUUGGAGCAUGUCGUUGUGCGCAUCACUAUUACUCACCCUCGACGUGGAGACUUGGCAAUUUACCUAACCUCUCCUUCUGGAACUAGGUCACAGCUCUUGGCCAACAGGCUAUUUGAUCAUUCCAUGGAAGGAUUCAAAAACUGGGAGUUUAUGACUACUCACUGCUGGAGUGAAAAAGCAGCAGGAGACUGGAUCUUGGAAAUCUGUGACACUCCAUCUCAGCUGAGAAAUUUCAAGACUCCAGGCAAAUUGAAAGAGUGGUCCUUAGUCCUGUAUGGAACAUCCAUCCAGCCUUACUCACCAAGAAAUGAUUUUCCAAAAGUGGAAAGAGUGCGCUCUAGUCCAGUUGAAGACCCUACAGAAGAUUAUGGAACAGAUGACUAUUCAGGUCCCUGCAAUGCAGAAUGCAGUAAAGUAGGGUGUGAUGGGCCAGGACCAGAUCAUUGUACUGACUGUCUGCACUACUACUACAAAUCUAAGAACAACACACGGAUCUGUGUUUCGACCUGCCCACCUGGUCACUACAAUGCAGACAAGAAACGCUGUAAAAAAUGCUCACCCAAUUGUGAAACCUGUGUUGGAGGCCAUAGUGACCAGUGCAUGACCUGUAAAUCUGGCUACUACCUGAAUGAAGUAACCAAUAGCUGUAUGACCAACUGCCCUGAUGGGUUUUACCUGGAUAAGAAUAAGAUCAUUUGCCGAAAAUGUAGUGAAAACUGUAAGACAUGUGUUGAAUUCCAAAUCUGCACAGAAUGCAAACAUGGCCUAAGUUUGCAUGGCACUAAAUGUGCUAUCCGCUGUGAAGAAGGAAAAUACCAUAAUGGUAGAGAAUGUGAACCAUGUCACCGUUCCUGUGCAACAUGUGCAGGUGCUGGAGUAGAUGCCUGUAUAAACUGCACACAGGGUUACUUUAUGGAAGACGGAAGAUGUGUACAGUCCUGUAGUAGUGGUUAUUACCUUGAUCACUCUACUGAAAGUGGAUACAAAAGCUGCAAAAGGUGCGAUGCCAGCUGUUUGGAUUGCAGUGGGCAAGGAGACAGAAACUGUACAAGCUGUCCAAGCGGCUAUAACCUAGACACUGGUGUCUGUGUAGUGGGAACAGUCUGCAAGGAUGGGGAAUAUCUUGAUGAUUCCCAAGAAUGUCAGUUGUGUGAAGCAUCCUGUCAGAAGUGCAUUGGACCUGAGCCAGACAACUGCAUCAGCUGCCCGCUCACAAGAGUCUUUGAUGAUGGUUGCUGUGUUAUGCAAUGCCCCAGAGGAAAGUUUGAAUUCAGAGGACAAUGCCAUUUGUGCCAUCAUACCUGCCUGGACUGCAGUGGAAGUGAACCUAACAAAUGCACCGCUUGUGGAACAGAUAGAAGAGGGAUUGAGCGUUUCCUGUAUCAUGGCGAGUGCAGAGAGAGCUGUCUUCCAGGUCACUACCAUUCAGAGAACACCUGCAUGCCUUGCUCUGGCCACUGUGAGGUGUGCCUGAACUCCAGCCACUGCAAAAGAUGUUUCAGAGGCUACUACCUUACUCAAAACAUAUGUCAGAAACAUAGUUGUAGAGAAGGUGAAGUGGAAGAUCCUGAUUCUGAAGAUUGCAUACCUUGCUUAGAUGGAUGCCAGAACUGCAAACUGGAUGACCCAAGAAUCUGUAUAACAUGCAUUCAGAACUAUUAUAUGUAUAAGCAGCAUUGCUAUAAAUACUGCCCAGAAAACACCUACAGAGAUGAAAGUUUUCUGCAGUGUAGAGAGUGUCCUAGCAAUUGUGAUAGCUGUGACAAGGAUAAAUGUGACUCGUGUAAGGAAGGCUUUUAUCUCUCAGGUGGCACAUGUGUGAGUGAGUGUGGAGAUGGCUUCUUUACUGAUGACAUCUCUAGAGAAUGCGAACCUUGCCACAGGAGCUGUGCAACAUGUGUUGGGUACAGCUACGAGAACUGUACUGGGUGCAAAAACAGUUUCCAACUAUCUCGUGGGCAGUGUGUGAAUCCAAGAAAUUCUCCGCCCAAUGGGAAGUUCUGGAGUGAGGCAAAAAAAAAAUUGCAGUCCUGUGACCCUUCAUGUAGGACCUGUGAGAAAUCUGCUGACAUAUGUACUUCAUGUCCAGAAGGAAAAUUUCUUAUCCAUGACACCUGUGUUCCUCUGUGCCCUCAAAAAACUUUUGGCAAUGUUGCAAGUGGAAAGUGCGAGAAGUGCAUGGAUGGUUGUGAGGUGUGCUCCGACUACUGGCAUUGUCAGCAGUGUCAGGCUGAACAGGAGCAGCAGCUCUUCCUCCACAAAGGCAGAUGUUUACAGGAAUGCCCUGAGGGAUAUUUCAAUGAUUCUGAGACUUGCAAGGAAUGCAGUGGAUCCUGUAAGACAUGCAUGGGAAGUGCAACCAAAUGCCUGUCCUGUAAAAGUCCUUUGCUUCUGGAACAGUGGAAAUGUAAACCUACCUGUUCAGAAAAGCAUUUUGCCUCUGAAGGAAUCUGCAAACACUGCCCUGAAAUGUGUCAAGAGUGCAUUCACAAUGAAACAUGCAAAGAGUGCAUGGACGAGUUCUUCUUGCACGAGGGGAAGUGUGUGCAGAACUGCCCUUCUCAGUUCUAUGCUGAAGACAAGCACUGCUUUCCCUGCCAUGCAGACUGCAAGGAUUGUGACGGACCGGACUCGGAUGACUGCACUGAGUGUGCCAUCAGCUUCUUUGUCCUCUACAGUGGCAUGUGUUUUGAAGAGUGUCCUGAGGGGACUUACUAUGAAGAAGCCACUGAAGACUGCCAAGCAUGCAAUAGGACAUGCCAGACUUGUUCUUCUUCCACUACCUGCCUUACUUGCAGAAAUGGCCUGAUGCUGAACCAUGAUGGGCACUGUGUGGCGUCUGGAUACUGCUCUCGCACUGAGUACUAUGUUGAGAAAACUCAGACCUGCAAACCGUGUCAUAAGAAAUGCUUCCACUGCUCAGGACCCACUGAACACCAGUGUUUUAGCUGUGCCAAUAACCACUAUCUUUUCAAUACAACCUGUGUUGAAACGUGCCCCGAAGGGUAUUAUGUUGACAGCGAUGAGCAACAAUGUUCCCCAUGCCACAGCGCCUGUGUCACUUGCACUGGAAAACACAGCUCACAGUGCCUUUCCUGCAAACCAGGCUGGUACAGACAAGGAAAAGGAUGUGUUAAGCAGUGUCCAGCAGGGUAUUUUGCACAAAACUCCACUGGAUCAUGUGAGAGAUGCCACAAGGGCUGUAAGGAGUGUAUGGGGCCUCAACCCACAGACUGCCUUCUCUGUGAUACAUACUUCUACCUACUGCGCUCCAAGAACGAAUGUGUUAGCUCGUGUCCUGAGUAUUACUAUGAAAGCAAGGACAACAACAUCUGUGAAAGAUGCCACCCUUCCUGCCGAACUUGUGAAGGGAAGGGAGCAUUCAGCUGCACAUCUUGUGUAUGGAGCUACAGUUUAUUAAGUGGAAUGUGCAACUCAGACUGUUUUGUAGGUGAAUACAAAGUCCAGGAGACACAAGGACAAGAGGAGGAUGAGCCCAAGUGUGAGAGAUGUGACAGCUCGUGCACUGAGUGCAAGGGACCUGGGCCUCUCAACUGCACGAUCUGUCCAGCCAGCAUGCAGAUCGACCUGGAGCAAAGCCGCUGCCUGCCCUGCUGCAGUGACUCUGACCUGGCAGGCACCCCAGAGUGCUGUGACUGCAGUGAAACACAAGAUGACUGUGUAUUACGGACCACUCUACCAACCAAGAGCAAAAGCAAAACUGCUUUCUUUGUUAUUACCUGUGUUUUGCUUCUCCUUGUCAUUGGAGCCAUUGUAUUCAUCUGGAGAAAAUCACGAGCCAAAACCCAGGCUGUCAACAAAGGUGGGUAUGAGAAGCUGACAAAUCACUCCAAAACCUUUCCUUCCUAUGUGGGCAACUACCAUGAGAGUCCCAGUUACCAGGAAGAUCAAGUGAUUGAGUAUAGAGAUCGAGAUAAUGAAGAUGAUGAUGAAGAAGAGGACAUUGUAUAUAUGGGCCAGGAUGGCACAGUCUAUCGCAAAUUUAGAUACGGACUUUUGGAGGAUGACGAGGAAGAUGAGCUUGAAUACGAUGAUGAAAGUUAUUCAUUUAGAUAA